CUCAUUCUCAGAUAACUAAUUGGAUGAAAUUUGCACCGGGAAAGCACACCAGAGAAUGUCAGCAUGAGCUGGUAAUCGACUGAAAGAGAGGAAGGCAGACGGCUGCUGGAGCAAACUCUGCUGUCCUUUAUGACCUCACAAAAGUUCAGCCGCAGAAGCUCUGGUGCCUAGCUGGCCGCCAUCCCAUCAUAUUCCAGGCAUCGUCACCCGGCGUCCUCCCGCCAUGGAGUCGGCCCAAGUCCAGUCGGAAGGUGGCCUCAACGUCACCCUCACCAUCCGGCUCCUCAUGCACGGAAAAGAAGUGGGCAGCAUCAUUGGAAAGAAAGGGGAAACGGUGAAAAAAAUGCGCGAAGAGAGCGGCGCACGAAUUAACAUCUCGGAAGGCAACUGCCCAGAGAGGAUCGUCACCGUCACGGGACCGACGGACACCAUCUUCAAGGCCUUUGCCAUGAUUGCCUAUAAAUUUGAGGAGGACAUCAUCAACUCCAUGAGCAACAGCCCGGCCAUCAGCAAGCCGCCGGUCACCUUGAGGCUGGUGGUGCCGGCCAGCCAGUGCGGCUCUCUCAUCGGCAAAGGAGGCUCCAAAAUCAAAGAAAUGCGAGAGUCCACAGGGGCGCAGGUUCAGGUGGCCGGAGACAUGCUGCCCAACUCCACCGAGCGCGCCGUGACAAUCUCCGGGACCCCCGAAGCCAUCAUCCAGUGUGUCAAACAGAUUUGUGUCGUCAUGCUGGAGUCGCCGCCCAAAGGGGCCACGAUUCCUUAUCGCCCGAAGCCCGCUUCCACCCCUGUCAUUUUUUCCGGGGGCCAGGCCUACACAAUUCAGGGACAAUAUGCCAUUCCACAUCCAGAUCAGCUGACCAAGCUCCACCAGCUGGCUAUGCAGCAAACCCCCUUUACCCCCCUCGGACAGACCACCCCCGCUUUCCCCGGUUUGGAAGCGAGUCCACCGGCCAGCACCCAUGAGCUCACCAUUCCUAAUGACCUCAUAGGCUGCAUCAUCGGACGUCAAGGCACCAAAAUCAACGAAAUCCGCCAAAUGUCGGGAGCUCAGAUCAAAAUCGCCAACGCCAUCGAAGGCUCGACCGAGCGGCAGAUCACCAUCACCGGGACGCCCGCCAACAUCAGUCUGGCUCAGUAUCUCAUCAAUGCCAGGUUCAGGGACGUGGCCGCCAUGUGGAAUGAGCCCUCGGCAAUGACAACUUCUUGAAGUGGCUGGCGGGUUUUCAGACAAGCCCCGCCCCCCCCAAUUCCCACAACAAAUAUUCCCCCCUUCCUGUGGCACACUUGUAUUUGGAGUAUUUUAUUUGCUGUUAUUCUAUAGGCAACAUGACACUUAAGGAGCUCUCCUAGAUUUAUUGACUAAACUAUUCUUGGUAUAUGUUUGAAAAAUUCAAAUGGAUGUUUGUUCCUUUUUGCUCAUGUGCAACCUUUGAAGUUGUCGGCAAUCUACUCAUCAAUUCUGUGCGCAAUGUUUUAUUCUUCCAAUCCGGUUGAAGAGCGAAAACAAAGUGGACUUUUAAAGCAAUAAUAUUCAUGGGUCGAUUUGACCCGGAGCAUGGUUCAUCAGAAUCAAAACAAUCCAAAUGAACAUUGUGUAGAUGUGAUGAUCAAGUCCAAAUGUGAGUGUGUGAAUUUCAUCAGUCGUAAAGCAUUAGCAGCCUAAUAUAAGCCGAACGUUAACAACAAAUCAUCCUAAUCAUCAUGCGCGUAACAAGCAACUCUGAUAUUUUCUUGUCACACUUUUUUUUGUUUUUGUUUUGUUUUUUGUUUUGUACUGUCCUAGGUUGACAUCGGAAGUCACCGGAAUGGCCACUCUCUAAUUUGUAGCCAUCUUCUCUCUGUGAGCCACCUUGAGAUCAUGCCCUUGAUUUAUCUAUCCUCCAUCGUCUCCAUGUUGACGCUCAACUUUUGCUGUAAAUCCACUUUGAGACGCUUCUGCAACCACUUUGCUUUGCUUUUCGACUUCACUUUCCUUGCGCUGAGAUCGAGAGGCCUUUUUUUGUGCAGCAACCCAAAAGAACUUUCUCGGCACUGUGGGAAUUUUUCAAAUGACAAUUCCAGGGGCACCUUGCCAUGCACAAGUUGUGGUGAUUCUUCUGUUAUCUUCUCUAUGAAUUGCUACACCCAAAAUGUUCAGUCUGCAUGUUUAGCCAGUCAAACGAUGUACAUUUUUGUUUGAUAUGUUUAGUAGUAUCAUUAUUUAUUGUCCAUUUUUUACAAUUGUAAACCUUAUAUGCCAACAAAAGCCAUUUAACAUUGCUAGAAUUUGAUCUAGUGUCAAAAGACAGAAUUUGUGGGUGUUUGUAUACAUUUUCUUCAUUUUUGUAUUUGACAAUCCGUUUGGAAGCAAAAAUGAAAUUGCAGCUGACGCAAGACUUCUAUGCAAGACUCUGGCAAACAAAUUUGAGCAUCUUCAUCCCGAUUGCGAUAUCCCAUCCCAUCUAUCACAGCCGACUCGCUUCCGAGCCCAAAAAGUCACAAUCAUGCCACUUGGACCACGCCACACAGUGGUGUAAAUCCAGUCUCAAUUCUACGCCAAGAAAUCAAAUGAUGCCUAUCGCAAUGAUGUCAUUGCAGCUUUGACUCAAGUCAUUUGUCGUAUUGGCGUUCCAAUCCUGUAGGGGGAAGCCUACCAAUUCAUCUGUUUUAUGAAAUCUUUUUGUCGCUCAUUUGUCGUAUUGGCAUUCCAAUCGUGUAGGUGGGAAAGUCGUAAAUAUUUGUUUGUGCGCAUUGUAGAGGCGACGCUCGAAUCAGCGCGACAAACAGACAAAAGGCAUUUUUUAUGGUCUUUGAGCGAAAGGUGAGAUGGUUAGCGGUGCUGAAGCAUCACCUUGGCAACCCUUUUCCAGCCAACGCAUUCAGGUCAAGAUCUCCGGGGACUAGAAUAGGACAGCGAUACAAUGAGCAUCUUGCCUUCCCCCACUCCACUCCCAAAUCGUAACCUUCCAAUGUUUGCUAAAGAUCACCAUUGAAAGGUGGAGACAAGGUGCAAAAUGCCGCACGUCGAGGCGGGGCAUCCCGGUCAAGUGGGAGAUGGUCUCGGGAAGAAUUGCUCCCGGCACAGGACGUCAUUUUCAAAGUCAUUCGCUGUCAUCGAUGUCGUGAUGGAACUGCGUUGUUGGUUUUGCGCAAAACGUCCAGACGAAGCUUCUUUCGAGCUAAAUGUGGGAAGACCAACAAGUCCAGCGCAAGAGCAAAGCGCAGCCAAUAAAGUCGGAGCCAUCAUUUCAUUUUGUGGACGAAGCCUCCCCUCGACUCUCAGGGAUCGGAAGAAUCGCAACGGCGCUGUUGUGGUUGUCUUGAAGACUUUUCUCCUCACAUCUGAGCAGGCUUCAUCAGUUGGCGCUUGCUCAGUUUUGAUUUUAAAGCUGACGUCUGUUCUCCUGAGAGCCACCCGCUCUUGUGUUUUUCAAAUCUCAUACUUUGCAAAGAUCUCCGUUGUCUUCAUGUUGUUCUUGUUUUGUAAAAAGAAAAUAAAGUUGGAGUCGUCUUUGCCCCCCCC